CAGCCAGCCAAUCAGAGAAAGGAUUAUUCGAUCCUCGGCAAUGGCAAUCGUUUGGACUCGGUGCUUUCUUUGAUCCGGGGCAUCAUCGUUUCCCAGCCUGUGACCAGCAGAGAUCAACAACAUAACUUCGUUUCUUCCAGGCUCGGGUUGCCAGGGAUCCAUAUCAACAAAGCAAGCGCAAAACUGGCAUCAAAAUGGCAUCCAUUUUACGAUCAAGUCUGUUGCGGCAGACGGCCCUCGCAACCGCCGCUCGACCAGCUGGCGUCCCGACGUGCUUCAUAAGACAGCCAAUCCAACGCACCAUAUUAAGAGACACUGCUCGUGUAUCUGCUUUUCAUGCUUCGAGUAGAAAGAACUUGUUACCCCCCGGUCCACAGGUCAUUAAGGGAACCGUCAACGACCCAGCUCCCGUCCCCGAGACCAGCCCCUCCCACGGCUCCUACCACUGGACCUUCGAGCGCCUGAUCGCCGCCGGGCUAGUCCCUCUCACCAUGGCUCCCUUUGCUGCCGGCUCCCUUAACCCCGUCAUGGAUGCUAUCCUCUGCACGACCAUGCUUGUGCACAGCCAUGUCGGGUUCCAGUCCAUCGUUAUCGAUUACGUCCCCACGAGGAACUACCCUAAGUUGCGCAAGGCGUGCACGUGGCUUUUGAAUGCGGCCACGGUUCUCGUCGGGAUUGGUCUCUACGAAUACGAGACUAACGAUGUCGGUGUUACUGAGACUAUAAAGAGGGUGUGGAAGGCAUAAAGGAGACCGGUGGACGGACGGGGAAUGGACCAGAAAAACAAGCUAGGAGACGGACGCUGCGAGGCCAUGAAUUCUUUGUGAAGGGUGGCUUCAAAAUCAUCAUGUCGGUCUUCCGACCAAUUUGGCCGUGUAUUGAGUACAGUUAUUAUAUACAAUCAGUUUUGAUUUAUUACCACUAACCACGUUUUUAAUGUUAAUCACCGACGAACAAGCCCACUCCUG